UUUUCAGCCAUGUGUAUUUCUGCCCUGCUGGCCAUGGCGGCCAAGGUCACUCUGCCCCACAACUACCUCUAUGGGAUGAGCCGCCUUGGCUCCCUGGUAGAGAAGAGGAGGAACCCUCCAGGGACCAAGCAGUGCCCGGUAGCCGUGGAGCCUAUCUCUGACAAAGACUGGCAUCUGUUCUGUGGAGACAGGGUAGAAAUUCUAGAAAGAAAUGAUGCAGGAAAGCAAGGCAAAGUGGUCCAGGUCAUCCGGCAGCGCAACUGGGUGGUCAUGGAGGGACUGAACGCGCAUUACCUCUACAUUGGCAAGACCUUGGAGACGCGGGAAACCAUGGUUCCAAGUGAAGCACCCUUACUCCACCGCCAAGUCAAACUUGUGGAUCCGAUGGACAAGAAACCAACCGAGGUGCAGUGGAAGUUCAUCGAGACAGGAGAGCGGGUCUGUGUCUCUACCAGAUCAGGCAGCAUUAUCCCUAAACCUGAAUUUCCCAGAAGUGACAGCAUCAUUCCUGAAACAUGGGUUGAUGGCUUCAAAGACACCUCAGUGGAAGAAGUCCUAGAAAGAACCUAUGUGCCCACUCUAAAGACACUAGAGGAAGAGGUGAUGGAGGCCAUGGGAAUCCAGGAAUCUCGGAGACACAAGAAAAUCUAUUGGUAUUGAUCCUGGAAGAACAGCUUUUUUCU